AUGGGCAAAAACUACUUGAAACUAAGUGACAAGGGAGAAACUUCAAGAAUUAAGGAAAUUAUGCAUUUUUCCACCACUUGCAUAGAACUGGAGAAUAUCAUGCAAAUGAAGCACAGAGCUAUCAGUGAGACAAUCCACAAGAACCGCAAGAGGGACAUUUACUUUGUGGAGAAAUACAGGCUGAGACAGGGGUUAGAUCUAAUGACAUAUCCCCAGAGUGGUCAUGACACCAAAGACAUUGUGCUCACAUUUGACAGCAGGUCUCUAAACAGCAACUCACAGAAGAACCUGAGAAAUCUUGUAAGUGUCCUUCUCACCAACUUCCACUCCUCUGAGGGUUCUUUUGUGGGGCAGAGAAGGGUUCAAAACAGAGGUGAAUCUCUACAGACUCUUCCCGUCAACCGGACUCAGCUUGCCAUCAAAAGGAAGAAUGCAAAGCAGCUGAUAUUUAGCCUUGUGAAAAUUAUCAUUUCCCUUGUGGGACUGGCAGGAAAUGCUGUGGUUCUCUGGCUCCUGGCUUUCCGCAUGCAGAGGAAUGCUUUCUCCGUCUACAUCCUCAACUUGGCAGGAGCUGAUUUUGUCUUUCUAUCCAUCCACAUGAUAUUCUCCAUAUUAGCUGUUGUGGGAUAUAGCAGACUAGACUCCCACAAUGUGUUCCAAGUUUGUAUUAUAAUGUUUGUCUUUCCGUAUCAUGUGGGCCUGAGCAUUCUCACUGCCAUUAGUACUGAGCAUUGUCUGUCUGUCCUAAAGCCCAUCUGGUAUCGUUGCCACCGUCUAAAACACAUGUCAUCUGUCAUGUGUGUCUUGCUCCGGGCCCUGGCUCUGCUCCUGAUCAUCCUGGAUUUGGUGUUCUGUGGCUUAUGGUUUGGAUAUACUAAUGAAUAUUUUUGUAUGUUAACUGGUUUCAGCAUUGUCACAUGGCCUAUUUUCUCCUUUGGGCUUCUGUUUGGGUCCAGCCUGGUGCUGCUGAUUAGAUUGUUGUGUGGCUCCCGGAAGAUGAAGCUGACCAGGCUGUACAUGACCAUUGCGCUGACACUGCUGGUCUUCCUCCUCUAUGCCCUGCCCUGGGGAAAGGUCAGGUUCUCUUAUACUGGAUUGCUACGUUUAUUAACCUGUGUCAACAGCUCUGCCAAUCCCAUCAUUUACUUCUUUGUUGGCUCUUUUAGACAGCAGAGAAGACAGCAAAGAAGGAGCUUCAAAGUAGUUUUGCAGAGAGUUUUGCAGGAUGUUCCUGAGGAGGAUGGAAGCCAAGGCAGCCCUCCUCAGGAGACCCUGGAGAUGUCAGGAAAUACUCAUGUGGUCUAA